AUAGGUGCCUUGGCUCGGAGAUGUAAAGUCAAGAAAUGGCAGUGUGGAAAAAAUGGGGAAAGAGGAAGCGAGGAUAAAGGAAGAGGUGGUGGUGCUCCUCUCCAGAAGCCGGACAGCCUCUCACCAGUCGGUGCCACCUCCACUGGGACAAAGAGGCAUCUCCCCCGAGGGAUUGUGAUCCAGCUGACUGGGACAGAGGGAGAGUGGGACAGCUUAGACGACAGUGAGCUCAUCUUCUCUAUCGACCACGAUGAGGACUACCCCUCCAUAUCACUCCCUAAGGAGAGGCAGCUCUCCGUCGAGGAUUAUGGAGGACAGCAGUCCCAAGCCUUCCAUGUUCCUCUUUCCCCCUCGUCUCCUGGCUCAUUGGCGAACAUCUCUUCCACGGGCCCCAGCUUCCUCUCCCCUGGCCCUUCCUCACCCACCCACCGGCCCCUGGCAAGCCUUGUCAAGUCUCUUUCCACAGAGCUGGAGCUGAAAGAAAGUUCCACUCUCAGACCCAAACCUUUCCUCAGCCUCGUGAAGUCAAUCUCCACAGAGAUCUCCCGCUCAGAACCAGAGGUGUCACAGUCCAAAUCAGACUCCCGCCUCAACCUCCACCUGUGGAAGCAGCUGACUCAACCAAAAACCCGCAGUAAUGGGGACUCUCGGACUGCUCCCCCAUCCCCCAGCUCACUUUCCCCUAGUGGAGAGGGUCUGAAAGGAGGCUUCUUUAAAAUGGAGCUGGAGGACACCAAGAGGAAGCUCUCGGAGGCGGUGCAUGAACCUCUCAGCAGCAUGUUCAGUAAGAUCAUGAGGGAGGAAAGCGGGGGCAGCCCCAAGCACCAGUGCAAGACUCAGGGGGCUCAUCAGAUCAGCUCCAGGGGUUUGGGACGGGAAGGGAGCACAGACACGGUACUAUCGGACUCUCCUGUGAGAAAUUCUAAGAAAACAGAUGCUGAAGUUUUUUCUGUGUUUGAGUGGCCUUCUGUUAGACAUCUGGGGAGAGUUCAAGGCCACCCCUGCCCUGUGCAUCAUCACAGACAACAUCACGGAGACGAGGACCUGGAAAUAUGUACAGAUGCUGACAUGAUGCAAGUCUUAGCCAUCGCCACUCAAAGGCAGGCGAGGAUGUCACCUCAAGCAGCACCUUUGGUUCGGAGCUCUUCUGUUCCUCAACCCCCUCACCCUCUGCCACGAAUGAGUUUGUUCUGUGUGGCGGUGCUGUCCUAUGGCUACUUCAUUCUGCCUCUCAGUCCAUAUUUCUCCGGCCUGGCACUGGGGUUAGCAUUGGGCUUCUUGCUAGGGCUGUUCCUCAUCAGGAUGGGCACCUCCAGGUCUAACUGUUCAGCCCCUACAUACAGACCAGCACAGACAAUGUUGGGAGAAAGGAUUCUGACAGGUGGAAGUGUCAUCACUGAGCCUGACACUCUCAAGGGCUGGAUGAAUGAGGUACAUGAUUACGACCCAGAAACCAGCCAUCCGGUUCUGACUCACUCUGUGUUUGCCACCCUGGAGGGCUCCUGUCUCCGUCUGGACUCCCCUCGUUCUAACAUAAGCCGCAGGGCCACGUACGAUGAGAAAGUCCACGAGGCUGCCUUUGUCAACUCACGCUGCUUUCAGCUUGCAAAGAGCAAAGUAUUCCUCCUGCCAUCUGUGUUGGCUCGGAAGAGGGUGUGGAACCCAAAGUAUCCCAUCUGCAUCCAGCUAGCCGAAGGGGCAAAAUCCCAGGAGGAUGAAGGACCAAUGUCAGAGGAGAGCCGUGGAGAGGAGCCGGGAGGUGAACCUACGAGUCCUAAACCAAGUUCCUCCAAACAUCCCACUAUUCUUUACCUCUUUGGCCGCACAGGAAGAGAGAAAGAAGAGUGGUUUCGUCAUUUCCUGUUUGCAUCCAUGGAUGCAGAGAGAGAAGAGAGGGACAGACAGAGGCCUGACAGAUGUGUGUCCAGAUCGGGUGACCCAGCACAGAGCGUUACUACGCAGGUUCAUGUGCCGAGCAGCAGAGGCUCCAGCAGAGUGGGCAGCAGCGACGAAGACGCUCCCUCUACACCUCCAGUGGCCUCCAUCUCUGCUGCUCCGUCCAGCAACACCAGGGGCCUUUCUGUGUUCGACUACCCCAGCUACAUGGCUCGUCUCCUGGCUGCAGAGGACCCGAUGCCCCUCUGCAGUCCUGGAGCCAGCAGCACCGAGGCAAGCCCCACCAUCAGAGGGAAUUGUACCUGUGAUCUAGCAGACUACCCUGGGAGAAGCCAAACUGCAUGGGCUAAUGCUCUAAUUGGUCGAAUCUUCUGGGAUUUCCUGCGAGAGAAGCACUGGGCUGAUGCAGUCUCCCACAAGAUUCAGAAGAAGCUCAGCAAAAUCAGACUGCCUUACUUCAUGAAUGAACUGACUCUCACUGAGCUGGAUAUGGGCUGCUCGAUGCCGCAGAUCACCGCUACCUCCAGACCAGAGGUUAACCACAGAGGCCUGUGGGUGGAGCUGCAGCUGGUCUACACCGGUAACCUGCAGAUGACGCUGCAGACCAAGUUCAAUCUGUCCAAGCUGGGUAAAGAGGGCGGUCAGGAUACGAUGCACUGUGUGACUGAAACGGGAAGCCCACGCUGCCGGCCGGUCCUCAGUGUGUUGGCGGACAGUGAUGAGGAAUCCUCCAGCGCUGGUUCAUCUGAUGAGGAUGACCUGCUUCUUUCUGAGCCUCAGGGUCUGGUGGGAGAGAAGGGAUCCACCCAGACAACCGAAGGGACAGGGGGUGGAAAGACUGGAAGGAAGAUUUUGAGAUUUGUGGACAAAAUCGCUAAAUCCAAGUACUUCCAGAAAGCCACAGAGAAUGAGUUCAUUAAGAAGAAGUUUGAGGAGAUGUCCAACACGCCGCUGCUGCUCACUGUGGAGGUCCAAGAGUUGUCAGGGACUCUGGUGGUCAACAUCCCACCGCCCCCUACAGACAGGAUAUGGUACAGCUUCUGUGUCCCUCCCAAGCUGGAUCUACAUGUUCGUCCCAAACUGGGGGAGAGGGAGGUGACUUUCUGCCAUGUGACUGAGUGGAUAGAAAAGAAGCUGCAGGAUGAGUUCCAGAAAGUGUUUGUACUGCCAAACAUGGACGACAUCUACUUACCCCUGAUGCACUCUGGGGUGGACAGUCCUCAAGCCUCCGAGUCCCAGCGGUCCCAGAGCUCCUCCACAGAGUCCAUAGAGAGGAUCCCACCUGAGAUCUCUGGGGCAGAAUCUGACUAGUGCCUCACAGCUGAAGAUCAAUGGAGUAGAUGACAUGAAGUUAAAUUUGCCUCUACAGACUUCAGUAGUAGUCUUAAGCAGACUUACCAACCAUCGUGUUUACAUCUGAACUGAGAGUUUCUAAAAGUCAGCGCUGUAGGUGUUCAGAUGGAGUUUGUUUGUACCGUGUAAAAGAGAAUAAUUAUUUGGUAUCAUCAGAGUAAAUGCUGUGAAACAACUACAAGUGAUACCUUUUGCAAAUGUUUACAUGUGAAUGUUCCCAAUGAGAUUAUAUAUAUAUAUAUAUAUUUAUUUACUGAUGAUUUGAUGUUUACAACUCAAUGUCACUUUGGAUAUUAAGAUGAUGGACGUUACAAAAUAAAAAUUUGUCUGUAGA